AUGACCUCCAGAAUGUUUGACUAUCAAAAGAUUGCAAUUUCAUUACAAGCUGUAAGACAUGAUGUUUUCAGAACACCAAAGAAUCCGAUGAUCUUGUCAAGUUUGGUUGGUGGUGGAUUCCAAUUGUUCAUCACAGUAUUAAUCACUUUGAUAUUAUCGAAUAUCAUACCACCAUAUUCAAACAGUGGAUCUCUUCAUUCCAAUCUUUUGUAUUGUUAUUUAUUCACUGGUAUUAUUUCAGGAUAUGCAUCGAAAAGAGUUUAUCAAUCAAUGAAUGCAAAGAAUAAUGGAUUAAAAUUUGAUAUUCAAUUCUCAUUUUUAAUAUCAUUUUUAAUUCCAGGUAUUCUAUUUUCAUACUAUAUCUUGUUUAUGUUGUCUGUUUCAAAUUCAGUUGGAGCAACAAACACACCAUCCUUUAAAAACAUGGUUGUUUGUUUUGUAAUAUGGAUAUUUGUUCAUACACCAAUGGUAUUCAUUGGAUUGUUUAUUGCCAACAAACAAUCACAUCCAGAAAUACCAAUUCAACCUUCAGCAUCACCACAUAUAUAUCCUUCAAGUAAAUUAGGAAUUACAUUCUUAGUAAUCGUGUUAUUCGGACUCACCAAUACCGUAGAAUUUAACGCUCAGUUUAUUACCUACGACUAUGCCAACUACUCAAGAUUUACCUAUUUCGAUAUUUACAGCUAUGUAUCAACUGAAUAUAUAUUUUCAGCUCUCUUUGUUGGUGCCGUUGCUCUCAAUUACACUUUACUAUUCCUUUCAUAUGAGAUUCACAAUUGGAAUUGGAGAGUAUAUGAAAUGAACACUGGAACAAUAGUAUUCUUUAUCCUAUAUCAGUACUUCUUCUCUAGUUUAUAUCAUAUUUCUUUUGAUGAUUCCACAUCAAAAUUCUAUUAUUUCGCAGUAACAGGAUUCAGAUCAUUAAUCAUUUAUUUCCUCAAUAGUUCCAUCUCUUAUCUUUCAUCUUAUCUAUUUGUAAGAGUUUUAUACAGUAAAAAAUAUCUUGGUGGUAAACCUCUUUUCAGAGAAGAGAGUAUGUCUUUAAUUAUUGCUUAA